AUGGCGUCGAAGCAAGAGUAUAGCUAUCCUUAUACACCUCUUCCAUCUUCACAACCUUCACAAACCGUAAUCGUUCUAACACCUUAUCGCCGUCACCGCCGUCCUUCCUUCCUCCGUCACCUCCGCUGCACUCUCCUUUUCACCGCCGUAAUCCUUCUCCUCUCCGCCGCCGUUUACUUCCUCUACCCAUCCGAUCCAGACAUCAGUGUCUCUCGAAUCCAGCUUAAUCACAUACGAGUCCUCGAUUUGCUUAAACCUGCUCUUGAUCUAUCCUUUUCCCUAACAAUCAAAGUCCGUAAUCGCGAUUUCUUCUCUCUUGACUAUGAUUCGCUCGUUGUCUCGAUUGGGUAUAGAGGUAGAGAGCUAGGGCUUGUGAAUUCUCGAGGUGGGCAUCUUCGUGCUCGUGAUAGCUCUUACAUUAAUGCGACUCUUGACCUUGAUGGUCUUGAGGUUGUUCACGAUGUGAUUUACUUGAUCGGUGAUUUGGCUAAAGGUGUUAUUCCUUUUGAUACAAUCGCUGAGGUUAAAGGUGAUCUUGGUGUUCUUCUCUUCCAAAUCCCAAUUCAGGGUAAAGUGUCGUGCGAGGUGUUUGUUAAUGUUAGCAGCCAGAAAAUCUCACACCAAGAUUGUCAUCGUAAGUGUGAUUAUAGUGUCUGUAAGCCAUACUCAGAUUUGCGAAUAGGAUCAAAUUAUCGAAAACAUAGCUUAAUGGUUGAGGUAGAAGUAGAGCAUGCUGCCAAUAAAGUGUAA